AUGGAGCAUCGGUUGGUCCCUGUAUGUUUGUUCCAAGCUAGCGUUAGCACAAAACUAGGUCAACCGCUUCACUUCCUGCCUCUAACCUGUUAGCGCGAGCCAGCUAACGUUAACUGAUAACAUCGAGCCUGUGCUGCUGCAUCAUGUGUUGCCAUGUAGGUUAGGUCAGUGCCGGUCUGGAUGAUUAAUUGUCCGUUUUCUGUUCUUGUGUAAUCUGGGAGGACUCUGACCAGUGUUGGUCAACAUGAUGCUAGGGCGUUAACGUUACACCCCUCUCAUCAGGACCACUGUUCCCUUUGGCAAAGCAAGACAUUCUUCCCAGGGAAAUAAUGUAGACAGCAUAGAGUUGUUGCUUUCUUGCACAGAUUAUAAUGCAGCCAACUGCAUUCUCAUUUGGGCUUUUUGGAAUAGCAUUUUCAUAGCUGGCUAAGUGUGCCCGGUCUAUUGGGAAGAUGGAGACUCUAAUCCCCACCAUCAACCGGCUGCAGGAGGUCUUUCUCACAGUGGGUGCAGAGGUCAUACAGCUGCCUCAAAUAGUCGUCGUUGGAUCUCAGAGCAGUGGAAAGAGCUCUGUGUUGGAGAGCCUGGUUGGACGGGAUUUCUUGCCUCGAGGAUCAGGAAUAGUCACAAGACGACCCCUCGUGUUGCAACUUGUUAAUGUGGCCCCUCUGCAGGAGAGACUAAAAACCGAAAAUGGAAAUGGGGUAAAACAAAAUGCCCAAUUCAGCUACCCAGGUGUCAAAGCUGAAGAAUGGGGAACGUUCCUGCACUGCAAGAACCAGACCUUCGCAGAUUUUCAGGAAAUUCGUCGGGAAAUUGAAGCAGAGACUGAACGCAAUUCAGGUGACAACAAGGGUAUCAGUCCUGAGCCCAUAUAUUUGAAGAUUUUCUCCCCCAAAGUCCUUAAUCUCACCCUGGUGGAUUUACCUGGAAUCACUAAGGUUCCGGUCGGGGACCAGCCAGAGGACAUUGAGGCACAAGUAGAAGAGAUGAUCUCGUCCUUCAUCUCCAAUCCCAACUGCCUCAUCCUCACAGUGUCCCCUGCCAACUCUGACUUGGCCACCUCGGAUGCUCUGAAAUUGGCUCGUGAGGUUGAUACAGAUGGUCGUCGAACACUGCUGGUGGUCAGUAAGCUGGACCUGAUGGAUGCAGGGACUGAUGCUCUGGAGGUCCUUCUGGGUCGAGUCAUUCCAGUCAGACUUGGGAUUAUCGGGGUGGUUAAUAGGAGCCAGCAUGACAUCAAUACCCAGAAGAGCCUUGAGGACUCGAUGAGGGAUGAGCAGACUUUCCUGCAGCGCCACUACCCCUCGCUCGCCUCGCGCGCCGGCACACGCUAUCUGGCCAAAACUCUCAGCAGGCUGCUCAUGCAUCACAUCCGGGAUUGCCUGCCAGAGCUCAAGACCCGUGUGACCGUGCUAAGUUCCCAGUACCAGGCACGGCUCAAUGGCUAUGGCCAGCCAGUAGAAGACCACAGCUCCACCCUGCUGCAGAUUGUCACCAAGUUCGCCAGCGAUUACUGCCACACCAUUGAGGGAACGGCCAGAUACAUCCAGACCACAGAGCUCUGUGGGGGUGCUCGGAUCUGUUACAUAUUCCAUGAGACCUUUGGGCGCACUUUGCAGUCCAUUGACCCCCUGGGAGGAUUGACUGAGCUCGAUAUCCUCACCGCCAUCCGCAAUGCUACGGGUCCGCGGCCAGCACUUUUUGUGCCUGAGGUGUCCUUUGAGUUGUUGGUGAAGCGGCAAAUUAAGCGACUGGAGGAGCCCAGUAUGCGCUGUGUAGAGCUGGUUCAUGAAGAGCUGCAGAGGAUCAUCCAGCACUGCUCCUCCUUCAGCACACAGGAGCUUCUGCGAUUCCCCAAACUGCACGAUUCCAUUGUGGAAGUGGUGACCGGAUUACUGAGAAAGCGCUUGCCGAUUACUAAUGAAAUGGUGCACAAUUUAGUAUCAAUAGAGCUCGCCUACAUCAACACAAAACAUCCAGACUUCACGGAUGCAGCGCAGGUCUGUGCAUCUGUCAACAGUCAGCAGGCGGAAGCCCUUGAUGGAGGAAUGCGCUGGAAGAACGAGAAGGUUGCGGAAGAGAGAGUCGCGGCUGCAGGCUUUGGCAGUCCCAGCAAAGGCCGGUCCAUUAACCUGCUUGACACAGCGAUGCCCGUAUCACGCAAGCUGAGUGCGAAGGAGCAGAGGGACUGCGAGAUUAUCCAACGCCUCAUCAAGUGCUACUUCCUUAUUGUCCGCAAAAGCAUCCAGGACAGUGUGCCCAAGACAGUGAUGCACUUCCUGGUCAACUUUGUGAAAGAGCAUCUGCAGAGUGAGCUGGUGGGUCAGCUUUACAAACAGCAACUGCUGCAGGAGCUGCUCAUUGAGUCACAGGACACGGCACAGCAGCGGACCGAGGUUGCCCAAAUGCUUGAGGCGCUCCAAAAAGCCAAUAACAUCAUCUCUGAGAUCCGUGAGACACAUCUGUGGUAGCCAGAGGAAAAGAACAAUUCCCUUGUCAUAGGACAGCUUUGAGAGGAUGAGAGUGUAUUUGAGUUUACACACAGGGAGAGAGUGUGUGUGUGUGUGUGUGUGUGUGUGUGUGUGUGUGUGUGUGUGUGUGUGUGUGUGUGU